AGCUAACGACAGUUACAGUGGGAUUGCGCGUUUGGGGUGUUCUGCAGAGGCUAUUUUGUUGUUGUCGUUGGUGGUUUGUGUUGUGUGGGUUUAUGAGAGAGUGGGGUUGACAUGGGAAGGGUUUUUCUUGUUGAUUUGGAUGGCAGAUCCUACGGAUGCAGAUGCUGCAAUACCCCUCUUGCCCUCGCUCAUAACAUUCUUUCUCGGAACUUCAACUGCAGCCAAGGAAGAGCAUACCUUUUCAGCAAAGUGGUGAACAUAACUCUUGGGCCUCCGGUGGAGAGAAUGAUGAUAUCUGGACUGCACACAGUUGAAGACAUAUUUUGUUGCAGCUGUGGACAACUUCUUGGAUGGAAAUAUGUUCUGGCAUAUGAAAAGAAUGAAACAUACAAAGAAGGGAAGUUUGUGCUUGAGAGGUGGACGAUUGUUGACAAUGUUGAAGAGGAGUUGGAAUUAAAUUUGGAUGCACAAGCUGGUUCACAAGGAUCUCAAGCUGGUUCUCAAGCUGGUUCUCAGGCUGAUUCUCAAGCUGGCUCAAGUGACACAGAAAACGCCUAGCUAGUUGUUUCUUUUUCAUGAAUUUGAAGUAUUUUAGCUAGCAAAAUUAUAUAUACUUUUAGUGUUUUAGGUAGAAAAAUAUAUUAUACUUUUAGUUUUCAUCAAGAUACAAUUUCACAUAGAAACUCCUUAGAGAAACUCAACCUUAGGCUUUUUUCACCUAGAAAUCUUGUAAUAGCAUACUGAAUCUUGCUAAAAAUUUAUGGAGGGCAUGUGAUGGCAAUUAUUCAGAUA